AUGGCACAGGUUGAAACGCAAGUAGAUCAUGAUAAGAUUAAUUUAAAACUUAUACUUGUUUCUGGUAGAGUACGUGAAAUACAAUUCCCACCUUCAACAUCAGCAGCUGAUGUAUGUGAUUAUGUAUUUAAUAAUUGGCCUCCAGAAUGGGAUGACGAAAAAGUAACAUCAUCUUCUUUACUCAAGUUAAUUUAUCAUGGUCGUUUUUUACAUGGUACAGUAACAUUAUCAGCGCUUUCAUUGCCUUUAGGUAAAACAACAGUAAUGCAUCUAGUGACGAGAGAAAAUCUUCCAGAACCUAAUUCUAAUGAUAGUCUCAAAAAAGCUAAAAGAGGAUCAAACUGUUGUUACUAG